AAACCUUUCCACUGUAGCCAUUUUGUGUGUGCACGCGUCGACAUUUUUUUUAGUUUCGUCGUUUCAUUAUUUCGCCAUGGGAGACAAAAUUGACAUGAGUUUAGAUGACAUUAUCAAGCAAAACAAGAACAAACCAGGCCGUGGUGGAAGAGGUGGACAGCGAGGAGGAGGAAGAGGCCGCUCAGGUCGAGGACAAUACAGAGGUGCCUCAGGUGGUAGCGGCGGCGGUGGCGGACGCCGUGGUAGAGGCGGGAGCGGCGUCUUUCGAGGCGGUGUUCAAAGUAGAAGACCUCGUCCAUCAGGAGGGCAGUUUCAAAGGUUAAAGGAAAUGCCAGAUGUUUGGCAGCAUGACAUGUAUGAAGGUGGAACAGGCAGUGCAAGACGAAAUUUCGGUGGACGAUUGGGUGGUGCAACCGGGUCUGGCUUUACCUCUGGCAAGCUGUUGGUUUCCAACCUUGAUUUUGGUGUCAAUGAUUCAGAUAUACAGGAGCUGUUUGCAGAGUUCGGUCCUUUAAAGAAAGCAGCAGUCCACUAUGAUCGAUCGGGCAGAUCGCUUGGAACAGCAGAAGUUAUUUAUGAACGUCGUACAGAUGCCGUUAAAGCACAGAAACAGUAUAACAACGUUCCUCUUGAUGGUCGUGCAAUGAGUAUUCAGUUAGUUGGACAACCCGCAUCCGAGAGCUCGUCAGCACGUCCAGCUUUUUCUCAGGGAGGAGGUGGAGGAGGGUUUGGCGGUGGUAACAGGUAUGGAGGUGGAGGUGCAGGUCGGCGUGGCCGGGGUGGAAGCCGGGGUGGUGGUGGCGGCGGUGGGCGAGGGCGUGGGGGCAGAGGAGGGCGUGGGGGAGGACGAACGAAAGUACCCACUGCAGAAGAACUGGAUGCUGAGCUUGAUGCAUACAAUGCUAAGAUGGAUAUUGAUUAAGAACUCUCCAAGACGGGAUGAUGCAGACGGAAUAAUAUGUUGGUCGUGUAACAGGAGCAGGUUUUUUUAACGAAGUGUUAUAAAAGAACACAUUUCCGUAAGAUCUACAAGAACAAGAUGAAAAGACCUGUAUUUAUUUGCAGUGCAGUAAUUGUAUAUGUAUCGUGGAAAGAAAUACUUUUAUCUGUAAUUAAGACAUUCGAUGAAUGAUGAGUGUUUCUGUACAAACUGUUGACCCACAUUAUAUUUUGUAUCUUAUUUGUUACACUGCAGCAAGAUAAUUAAUGGAUUUCUCAAAAAAAGAAGAAAAAAGACGACUGCGUUAACGGAGGGUGAUGAAUCAAGUGUUCAGGGAAAUUGGCUGUUCCGUUGUUUUAUGGACAUGUAACGAUUUUGCUCGACAUUUCCAGUGAAAGUUUAAAGUUAGAACAAAAGGCCAAAUAAUAUUUUAUGUAUGAUUUUGUCAUCUAGCAGCAUUGUGUUUGUGGAACACUUUCGUUUUACAUUGUACAUGUUUUUAUCUCAUUUCAUGUGAAAUCUUUUUGUCUUUAUCAUUAAACAUCAUUUUGUGUGAGUUAAGUGUGUUAGUCUGUCAAUGAAUAAGAGUUGCAUUAUACUAGUUACCGGUACGAUAUGGAUGGGUAGAAUAAGAAAUGCUCUUAAUGGAAAAAGGAGCAUAUAUGUAAGAUUUGCAUAACCACAACAUAAAUAUUGAAAUGAGAUUUAGAACAUAGUUAUUGAAAGGAUAGAUCUUCUGACUUUUAUAUUGAAUUUCUUUUUUAGUAACCACCAUUAUCAAUUUUAAAUUGAAACUUUUAUGUAUUUUUAUGUCAACUAUUUUUCGUGCAUUUAAUUUUGUUACCUCACUUAAUACUAUAACAAAUAUUGGGUACUUCUAGGAAAGUUUACAGAAACCUUGAUUGUUAUAUAUAAACAGGCUGUUGACUAGAGGAAGUACACUACAAACUUUAAAAAAUCGGAAUGAUGCUAGAUGUUUAUUGGUGUACUAUUUAUUUGGAUAUUAACUGAAUCUGAUGGGUUUAUAGUUUUAAUUUAAUUACUUUCCAGGACAUGCCAUAAGAUUUAAAAAAACAAAAUUCUGCUAAAAUGCCAAAAUCUAAAAAUACUUUAUAUAUACUUUGUGAAUACACAUUAUAAGAAUAGAAAAAUAUUGUGGUCCACAACAUAACGAAAUAACUAGUACUUUGUAACAUAUGAGAACCAACUGAACAAUUUUAUCUAUUUAAAAAAAAAUACAUUUGGUUUUAAUUCAUAUCAUGGAAUCAUCUUAUCUGUUGUGUGUGUUAUGACACCUUGUAAGUAUUUAAAAUAAAGUAUGUCAAGAUA